AUGACUGCUUCCAAGUUUGCUCCUAUGCCCAAUGCCGAGGGCUACUUCGGUGCCUACGGCGGCCAGCUUGUUCCCCCUCACCUCAAGAAGGCCAUGGACGACAUUGCUGUCGCCUACGAGACCAUCACCAAGACCAAGGAGUUCCAGGAUGAGCUCGCCGAGCUCAACGCCACCUACACUGGCCGUCCCUCCCCCAUCUUCCACUGCCGCCGCCUCAGUGACAAGCUUGGUGGCGCUCAGAUCUACCUCAAGCGCGAGGACCUCAACCACACUGGUGCUCACAAGAUCAACCACUGCCUCGGUGAGGCCCUCCUCGCCAAGUUCAUGGGCAAGACCAAGGUCAUUGCCGAGACUGGUGCGGGCCAGCACGGCGUCGCGCUCGCGACAGCCUGCGCGCUCGUCGGCAUCCCCUGCGAGAUCUACAUGGGCCAGGUCGACAUUGAGAAGGAGGCGCCCAACGUUACCAAGAUGAAGAUCCUUGGGUGCAACCUCAUCCCCGUCACGCGUGGCCAGGCUACGCUCAAGGACGCCGUCGACGACGCCUUUGACGAGUACCUCAAGGACCCCGAGAAUUUCAUCUACGCCAUUGGCUCGGUUGUCGGUCCCCACCCCUUCCCCGCCAUGGUCCGUGACUUCCAGUCAGUCAUUGGCAAAGAGGCCCGCCAGCAGUUCCAGGACAAGCACGGCAAGCUGCCGGAGCACGUCGUCGCGUGCGUCGGUGGCGGCUCGAACGCGAUGGGCAUGUUCACCGCGUUCCUCGAGGACGACAGCGUUCACCUGGUCGGUGUCGAGCCCGGAGGCACCAGCCUCGAGGAGGAGGGACAGCACGCCGCGACCCUCACCAAGGGUAAGCCCGGUGCCCUGCACGGCAUGGCUUGCUACGUCCUCGAGGACAAGGACGGCAACCCGUCGCCCGUGUACUCGUGCGCUUCCGGUCUCGACUACCCCGGUAUCGGUCCGCAGCACAGCUACCUCAAGGACGUUGGGCGUGUCGACUACCAGAGCGCAAGUGACAAGGAGACGCUUGACGCGUUCAUGGAGCUCUCGCGCGUCGAGGGUAUCAUCCCCGCACUCGAGAGCUCGCACGCCGUUGCUUGGGCCAUCCGCACCGCCCCAACCCUCCCCAAGGACGAGGCGAUCCUUGUCAACCUCUCUGGUCGUGGUGACAAGGACACUGAUUACGUUAUUGCCAAGUUGGGCCUGUGA